AUGGCACGCAUAAAACUAUUCUUUGCUACAUUUCUAUCUCUAUCAUCCCUAAUAAUAGCACACAACUAUAUCGCAAGCGGUUUUGCUGAUUAUGGCUUGUUCAACAGAGACACUUAUUUGGAUUCAAACUAUUCCUCUAUAUUAGAUACAAAUUCAAUUCAAGAAUGGACUCCUAUAGAAAGUCAUUUAUCAUUAAAUAACGAUGCGGUCUUUAUUUUCACUUUAAACUCCACCAAUGUUAAUAACAACCGUAAAAAAUACUACUCCUAUCAAAUGUUAAUUUACCUAAGUGGUAACAUUUGCUAUAAACCAAAAAACGUUUCAGAAACCGAUUUAAAGGUAUAUUAUUCCUUUAACGAAUCCGUUAUUUACAACCAAACCGACUUCCCCUAUUUAAAUUUUGAAAAUGGUUAUAUGGAAGGUUUGGCCAUAAAACAAUUUAACAACAGCGAUAGUGAAAACAUUGAUGUCGACAGCAAUAACGACAGUGAUACAUCUACAGCAGGAGACCAGUUAUAUCUAGUAGUUAAAUCAGAAGUGAAUAUUACCUCAGAUAUAGAUUCAAGCGACAUGUGGUAUUAUGAAAUUAGUGUAUCUCAAGAUGAUUUAGCCUUUCAAUGGGAUGAACGGUCAUGGCUUAACGUGGUCGGCACAGAUAUGGACAGUGCACUAUUAGUUACAGGUAACAUUACGUCAUCUUCAAAUAAUAAUGAUGCUAAUUACACAGUUUUUAACAUAGACUUAUAUGAUAUUUAUCUUUUCCAUAGCGAUUAUGACAUCAGUUUGAGUAGAUCUUUGUGUUCCAUUAAAAAUGGACCUUAUUUAGCCACAUCUGAUUCUAACACCACAACUACAAGUCCUUUAUUAAAUUCUAAUAUCACUAUAACUAAAUCCUUAUCCGUCAGGGGCGGCUCUGUUAGAGAACAAUUUUAUAUUUCUGGUUUAAACAGUUCAACUACAUACCAAGUCUAUUUAAUCAAGGCAAUUAGAACCGAUACCGAUUCACCAGGUGGUGUGGUUUUUAAAGAAGUAUAUUUUGAAACAGCUUCUGAUAUUAGAUGCUCUUUGAUAUUCGAUUUGCCCUUUUGUAAUGAAAUCGCGUAUGCUGUUCCAUCCUCCUCCUUACUAUUAAAAAGCGAUGUUUCUAGUACCUAUAAUAAGACGGAAUUGGGGCUACUGUAUGACUAUUGGGCUGAAAAUUUAUAUCAAAAUUUUACCAAGGCAUUGCAAUUAACUCCUUGCGUUACAGAAAAAGAUGCUAUUUAUUCCACAUUAAGAACUUGUGAUGAUUGCGCUCUUUCUUAUAAGAAUUGGUUAUGUACAGUGACUAUACCGAGAUGUAGUAGUGAACAGAAUGGUUAUUAUCUUCACAGGAACAAAUCUGACAACAGAAAUGAUUAUAUUAACAAUAACAUAGUACCUAUAAGCGAUUAUUAUGAAAUAUUACCUUGUAUUGAGAUGUGUUUUAAUAUCGUUAGAGAUUGUCCAUCAACUUUUGGAUUUGCAUGUCCUAAGCUUACUACCAAACCGAAUGAAAAUGAGCCAGAUACCUUUUUACUAUACAAUAGCUACCAAAUUAGUGUUGAUGCUGAUAUUACAAACGAUGAAUCAUUAUUAACAUGCAAUUAUAUUGAGGGAUCAAAUAACUUACAGAUUUUAUAA